AUGGAUUCAAACCUGCAAGUAUAUUCUGACUGGCGUUUUCACUCUUCGACCUCGAAUGAGCGACUCCGAGUUGGCCACAUUGUUGAAAUCUUCGACGGCAUUUCGACCUCUCUAUCUAACAGCAGCGUCAUCAUUAUCAACGACACGGCACCAGAUUCUCGAUACAAUGAUUUUCAAGAGAGACCAGAGCGAGGUUUGGGCCUGAGAAUUCUUUGCUCAUUCAGAGCCCGACUGGAAGCCAACCAGUAAACCAGCGCCUCCGCCGCUCUCACUGCCUCUCCGGCCGGGGCACACAGCUGCUUCCUGUGCGGGCAACUCCGCGAGGAGUCGUACCAGCGUGGAGACGCUGGUGACGAGUUCGCUAGGAGCAGCUUGUGUGUCUCAUGCCGUGAGAGGUACGAGUUGUGGCGUCAACAGCCGAUUUUCUUCACUUGUUAUUUGAAGACCCUUGCUUCUCAUCCCAACAAUUUCCUACUCUCAUCUAAGUAAUCUUUCACCUCUCGCCCAAAAAUCUUCUAUGGUUUGGACCGCUUGAUAUUCCAUGCGGAUAGUAUUCGGCUUUGAACUUGGGAUUUUUAGACACUUGAUAUAUCAUCGAAACACCA